AUGCCGCCGCACCAUAGAAACCCAAACCCACCGGCGAUGCCGAAUGAGCAAUUCAUGGAAGCCAUGUACGCCGCUUUCCUGGGGAUGGCUACUAGAGCCCAAAAUGAACGUCCCGCGGAGGACAGAAAACAUAACUACUUCUGUGAGUACAUGCGUAGUUCAAUUCCUGUAUUCACUAACGCGGGUGGACCCGAAGAAGCUGAGUACUGGUUCGAAUCGGUGUCUAAGCAUCUAAGUACCAUGGGAGUACCGGAUGAGUAUUGGGUGGAGUUCGCAGCUUUUAAGUUUGAAGGUCCUGCAGGUGCAUGGUGGAAGCAUAUCCGGCGAAUGCAAGAUGUAGAGGGGAUGACUUGGGAACAAUUCGAAGCGCUAUUUAAUGAGCAAUUCUUUUCCCAAAGUUAUCGAGAUGAAACGGCCAUGGAAUUCAUGGGCCUACAACAAGGGGAAAUGACAGUGAGGGAAUACGAGGCUAGGUUCAAUGAACUGUCCCGUUUUGCUCCCUCCUUGAUUGAAUCGGAGCGCAUGAAGUGCCUAAAGUUCGAGAAAGGUCUUAAGGGUGUAAUCCGUUUAUUAGUGGAUCGAGCAGUUUCAGGGAAAACUUCAGGAGGACCUCAAAGGAAUAACAGAAAAAGUCGUGAUCAAGGGCAAGGUAGUGGGGGAGUGCCUAGUGGUAGCAGUGGCUCUUCGGGAAGUGGGAAGAAUGGACCCUAUAGCUUCAAGUGCCACCAUUGUGGGGAGCUAUGGCAUAUCAAGAGGAACUGUCCUAUCAGGGGCCAAAUGUCUACCCAGCCGCAACAACAGUACAGACCUGGAAACCAGAAACCUAACAACAAUGAGAGAGGAAAAGGGAAAGCACUGGGGCAGAUGCAUACCAUGGCCGGGGGAAGUUCUGGAGCUCAUGCCGGAAACCUAGUCGUCGAGGGUAUGGUACCUAUCUCUCACUCUUUUGCACGAGUUUUGUUCGACACUGGUGCUACGCACACUUUUGUUUCCGCUUCUUUUGUGAAAAUUUUGGGUUUGAAACCCGAUGACUUAGAGACUUUAAUGUUUAUAAGUUCUCCAUUGGGACGUGUGGAGGUGACUAGUGCAUGUAGGUCGUGUGUGAUCACGAUUGGAAGUGAGAAAUUAAAGGCAGAUUUGAUAAUCCUUCCCAUGAAUCAGUUUGAUGUGGUGCUUGGAAUGGAUUGGUUGUCAACAUAUGGGGCGAUUGUUGAUUGCCACCGUAUGAGAGUCACCUUGACUACCGGUUCUGGCACGACAGUAACGUAUCAGGGAGGUGUUAACCCAGUUACAGAAGAACGACUACUGAGGCAUAGUGUCGAAGGACGGCGGAAUAUAGCUUGUUUCUCAUUCCUUUCGGCAUUAGAGGGUGAAUCUGGUAUCGUCGGGGAGAAUGUUGAGGUCCCCGUGGUCGAUGAAUAUGCGGAUGUAUUCCCUGAUGAGUUGCCUGGUUUACCGCCUGAUCAGGAGAUCGAGUUUUGUAUCGACUUACUUCUGGAGACGGCUCUGAUUUCUAUUGCUCCGUAUCGAAUGGCGCUUGCGGAGAUGAAAGAGCUAAGGAAACAGCUCAGAGAGUUGGCAGAAAAGGGAUUCAUUAGAAACAUCACAUCCCCGUAG